AUGGGAUCCGUCCACGAUGCCAUGUCUUCGCUGCCCAUCAUCGACUUCGCCAACUUCGGCGAUGGUACUUCACCAGAUGCACGGAAGAUCGGCGUGCAGUUCUACGAAGCGUGCCGCGACGUGGGCUUCGCGUACUUGAUCAACACCGGUAUCCCCCAGGAAAGCAUCGCAGAGAUGUUCGCAUGGUCGAAGAAGCUCUUUGAUUUGCCUACUGGGAUCAAGCAGAAGGCCCCUCAUCCUCCUGAGGGCUCGUACCACCGUGGAUACAGCGGUGUCGGCGUCGAACAGGUCUCCCAGAUGGUUUUCGACCCCAAGGAACUCGCGGCGAUCCGCACGAAAGCCCUCGACUUCAAAGAGUCGUUCGAUAUGGGCUACGAGCUCGGGCCGCGCCUGAAGAACAUCUGGCUCCCCGAGGACGACCUCCCGGGCUUCCGCGCGUACGCGGUCCACUUCUUCGGCCUCUGCCGCGCCUUCCAGACGACGAAGCUCCUGCGCGCGCUCGCGAUCGGCAUGCCCGGGCUCCCCGACGACUUUUUCGACCAGUACCACGAGAAGGCGGACAACCAGCUCCGCCUGCUGCACUACCCCGCUGCGGCGACGGACGUGUUCACCAGCGGACAGAAGGGCCGCAUCAACGCGCACACGGACUUUGGCACCGGCACGAUGCUGUUCCAGGACGACUGUGGUGGGCUGGAGGUCGAGUCGCCAAACGAACCCGGGAAGUUCAUCCCCGCUCCGCCCAUCCCCGGCGCGGUCGUCUUCAACAUCGGCGACUUCCUCAUGCGGUGGUCCAACGACACGCUGAAAUCUACGCUGCACCGUGUGCGCGCCCCGCCGCCCAAGCCGGACGAGAACGGCAUGACGCGCGAGCGGUUCUCCAUCCCCUACUUUAUGACGGCCGAUCGCGACAAGGUCAUCGACUGCCUGCCUGGCUGCUUUGGGCCCGAGAAGCCCAAGAAGUACGAGCCCAUAAACGCGGGCCAGUACAUCGACAUGCGCCUCAACGCGACAUACUAG